AUGUCAAUCGAAAGUGAACUUCAAGAUCCUUUGAUAGAAGAAGUGAAGGUUCCAAGACCGCAAUCUGGAUUCGAAAAGCCCGAUAAAACAAGUACGAAAAAAAGAAAGCGAGGAGCAAAUCAUGAUCAAGAGGUGCCCAAGCAAAAAGACAAUGUAGCCGGCAAAAAGAGGAAACACAAUUCUUUCGAUGACGAGGAUGUUGAUGUCGAAGCUGGUCUCAACAAUGCUAUCGCAAAAAUGGAUGACCAUUUAUUGGUUGAUUAUGUUGCGAGCCAGACAAGGAGAUAUGAAAGUGAUCUCAGUUCUGUGGAAUUAGAAGAUCGAUAUUUGCCAGUAUCCGCUGUCCGAGAUACUACAUCAUGGACGAAGCUGCGAAAUCUCGAUAACCUGCCUGAGUUCUUGGAGAAUUUUUCUGGUAAUCCAACAAAACUUUGGUCUGCAUCGAAAAAGAAUGGAUCACCACAUACAAUCAUUGUCACUGCCGCCGGUCUCAGGGCAGCCGACGUAGCUAGAGCUGUACGAAAAUUUCAGACCAAAGACGUGAAGGUUGCAAAGUUGUUCGCGAAACACAUCAAGCUUAAGGAUUCCAUAGGAUUUCUCAAAGCUUCAAGGACGGGAAUCGCUGUCGGUACACCUCAAAGAUUGAAGGACUUGAUGGAUGAAGGUUCACUUGCGGUAGAUAGGUUGGAGAGAAUUGUCAUCGAUGCUUCACAUAUCGAUCAAAAAAAGAGGGGUAUACUUGAAAUGAAGGAGACGCAGAUUCCUUUAACAACUUGGUUGGGCCAGAAACCUUUCAGAGACAGGUAUGAAAGUGCUACAGAUAAGUUGCAAGUUUUAUUUUAUUGA